GUGUGCUCCUGUGGAAACUAAACUAAGGACAGUGGCUGAAGCGCCGUCACAGCUCGCCAUUUCCCUUGAAGCAUCUUUUCUUUAUUAUUUCAUAUUUUCGGCGUGGAGACAGAUCCUUUGAUUGAACAGUCAUGGGGAAAGAUGAGUGCAAAACAAUGCUGGACGCUUUGAACAAAGUGACCGCUUGCUACAGGCAUUUGGUCAUCGCCCUGGGAAGCACCUCGGACUCGCAGAACCUGCGAGAGGAGCUGAAGAGGACCCGCAAAAAGGCCCAGGAGCUGGCCGUGGCCAACAGGACUAAAUUGACCUCUCUGCUCAAAGACAAGACCAUCAGCAAAGAUGACCGGGCCGAGUACGAGCGCCUAUGGGUGCUGUUCUCAAGCAGCAUGGAGCUCCUGGAGGUGGACAUGAAAAGGUCCCUGGAGAUAGGGCAGGAUUUCCCCCUCAAGGUGCCGACGAGACACCUCAUCCAGACGGGGAUGACCGGCAGCACCACCACCGUGGCGGCCCGGGCCAUGAGCGUGCAGAACAUGAAGUACGAGGCGGACAGCAACAUCGACACCGCCGACCUCAGGGACCUGCAGUCCGAGAUCUCCCAGAUGAGCCAGAUGAUGGAGGAGAUGGAGAUGAAGGUGCAGGUGGCGCCGUGGGCAGUGGAGGCGAAGCAGGAGGCAGGCGCGGAGCUCAAGUCCAACAUGAGUGUAGGAAAUUCCUCUGUGGGUGUCAUCUCCAUCUGCGAAGAGGAGCCCAAAGAAGAAGACGGAGGAGGAGGCAACAGGGAUACCGGCUUUGCAUCCAUCUGCGCCGUGCUUGUAUUCUUUGUCAUCGUGACGGUCGCUGCGGUUCUGGGGUAUUUGGUCAUCAAUAUGUCCUGAACUUUCCUGACCAACAGAUCGUCCUGAUGGGCACCCUGCACGGCUGCCCACGGGCGCGCAACCGUGGUUUAAGAGCCAGCGGCUCCACAAGAGAGAGAAAGAGCAAUUUUUUGUGGGAUUUGAGGGGCUGAAACAUUUGCGGACACACAAGUUAUUAAUCUCUCUCGGAUUUGUGAAUGUAUUCGGUGGAGUUGAUGAGUUCCACUAGA